AUGACAAAGCUCAGCACAACAUCAGUCUCUUUCGCCGUGGCACCUACUGUCGUCACGACACUGUUUUCACAUUAUCUCAAUAGAGAACUUUUGAAAGAGAAGCCGACCGCGCACCUUUCCUACGACGAGGGGCUGCGUUUGGUCCGAGCAUUCCUCAAGCACGCGGCUCACCACACCGUCGAGGAUUUGCAGGCAUUUACUACCCAAUGGGUACCCUCGCCGCAAUGGGUGAAGCUAGAAAACAUUAGGAUACCUGAACAACAGUUGACGCGGUCCGCUGGAUUGAUCAAUGAGGAGCUCGGUGACGACGGCCGCGCUCUGGUCGGCGGCGGCUCAUGGUGGCAAUGGCGCAAACCGGGGAAGCCCCUCGAGGCCGAGUGGAUUGAGAUGCGCGCCCAUGCUAAUGAGAGAAAGAAAACUGGCGAUCCAGGCCAGCGUAUUAUUCUGUACUUUCACGGCGGCGGCUACUACUUUGGCAGCGUCGACGAGCACCGCUAUCAGAUGCAACGCCAUGCCCGCAAGUUGAAAGCCAGAGUCCUGGCGCCGAGAUAUCGACUUGCUCCGCAGUUUCCCUUUCCCUGUGGCCUGCAAGACUGCCUGGCAGCAUAUCUACACCUGAUCUCGUCCAGGGAUCCUAGCACCAUCAUUCUGGCGGGCGACUCUGCUGGCGCUGGCAUGGCCUUGGCCGUCUUGCUGAUUCUGCGCAACCAGGAUUUACCGCUUCCAGCUGGAGCUAUUCUGAUCAGCCCUUGGGUAGAUUUGACUCACUCUUUCAAGAGUCUGACUGGUGAUGCCCCAAUGGAUUAUAUUCCUACGAAUGGCUUUCACCACAGACCAUCCAAGGCAUGGCCUCCUCCAAAUGAUGAUGAUAUUGCCGAGAUCAAGCGAGAUGCUCAGCAGUUGAAGCGUGUACGAACAGGAACUUCCACCCCCAAUGAAUCCAAAGACGACGUUACCCCGGAAUUUGAGCACAAACCCGAUGAACGGCAGUAUAUCACUCUUGACAUUGAUGGCAAGCCUGUCACUAUUAAAGAUCAAAUACAGCUCUACACGACCAACGCACUUCUAACCCACCCUCUUGUUAGCCCCGUACUCCAAGCCACGCUCGGAGGGUUGCCGCCAUUAUUCGUCAUGGUUGGCGGUGGGGAGAUCUUACGGGACGAGCAAAUCUACUUGGCUCACAAGGCUGCCAACCCGCAGAAAUAUGCGCCUCCGAUAGAAAGGUUGUCGGCCAGGGAAAAGGAGCAGCUCAACAAAUUCAAGCCUACCGAUGUCCAACUACAAGUCUGGGAGGAUCUAUGCCAUGUCGCGCCUACUCUAAGCUUUACCAGACCCGCAAAGUUCAUGUAUCGCUCAAUUGCGCAAUUCGGUGCAUGGCUACUGGCGAGAGCCCAGCGCCGUGGGAUUGAUAUUAUGGACGAUGAUCAGAUAUCUGUCAUCUCUUCGUCGGGGACACAAGAAAGUAAUAAUACCGGAAAAGACGAAAGUCACAAGGAAGAGGACACAGCCGGAACUGCACCCGGACACAUUGGAAAAGCUGGCGAUCCUCUUCCACCUUUCAAAAACCACAUGAUUCGACAAAGAGUCACUCGUCAUGGCGUAACGCUUCCGCUUGUGCCGGAAGAGGAGCUAGAUGCAUGCACCAUAGAACCGACCGACGUUGGAGUUUUCAAGGCCGGCACAGCAAAGAAGUGGCUUGCUACUCGUCGUGAAUACGACACUCGAUACGCUCGUGCCAAGUCCAAGGUUCACAGGCAGCUAGUGAGUGAUCUUGCGACUGGAUUUGAAGACUUUGGGCCGGGAGAAUUGCCACCGCCCGCAGCUCUGGCAGGCAGACGCAAACUAGAGUCUUAUAUGGUGGAGAGGAAGCCGAAGAGGAGCCUCGGCCUGUCUCUCUGGUCACUUUGGGGAUCCAAGCAUGACGAAGAAGCAAUCGAGCGCGAGCAGCGGGCAGAUCAGCAGCCAGAAACGGAAAUUGUUGAAGAAGAUGCUGGAGGCCGCAUUUCUCACAGAGAGCAAGACGCCGAACAAGGAAACCAAGUACAGACCCCCGACGAUGUCACGAGUCGAAGCCGCUCUCGCCGCAGGACCGUUGUGGACGAGCAUCAGACAGAGUCUGGCGCAGGCAACGAAGACACGCCAGUUGUCCAGUUACUGCACAAGCGACAAGAACAGGAAGCGUCCAACCCUGGCUUACUUAGUCCAAACUACGUGCCUGAAACUGGCGUUGCUGGAAAACGCCCCUUCAUCAAGGGCAUGGCUCUGCCGUUCAGCCUGAACAAGGAAGCCGACACUGCCAGCAUGCUAACUCUGACGUCUCAUGCCAGCCCUAGCACGGAGGCAAACAAGCAACUCGCCACCACCCCGCUCUGUGGCCAUGAUAAGGGCGACGAAGAUGCUGUGACGCAGGAAGUCUCUCCAAGCGAGGCGCCAGCACUUUUGGUACAAAAUGGCGCCGCAGCUUGA